ACAGCACCCUAUACCACACGCCCCUUCUCACAUGCUCAACCUCAUCGUAUACAGCCAACACAUCUAAACCUUCGACCGCAGAAUUCUCCGCGAUCACUCGCCCGUAUUAUCCAAACGGAGUAUCAGUGCCACACGAAGAACACACCAUACCCAUCCUAUAUGUCCCACCACUCUUCGUCUCCGUAGUAUGGAAGAGCAUGAUGCGUAGAUAUUACGAUCCAUGAAACGAGCGCCUUUACCUCGUAGUGCUGGAUCAGUGUCUCAAUUUAGUCCAACUUCCUACUGGACAACGUCGGACACGUUCGCUGCAACAGAAGUAAGCUCAAAGCAAUCCACGAUAUCAUAGAGCCACGAAGGCUGGGGACAGGGUUGUCAGCGAGAUGCUCACUCCUUCGUCGUCGUCUAGAAAGUCGUCCGUGAUCGCGAUCCGUCUCUUCGAACCUGAUCGAGUGAAGAUGGAGUCGAGACCGUUGUGUAUAUUCGAAUCGCAGAAAGCACACUGUACUUAUCGAGGCUCCGCCCGUAGAGAAGCAUGAUACAGUAGCACAAGAAAAGGGCCUAUAUGUUUCAUGACUUCUCGUCC